AGCAGCAUCAAUGGUAACAGUAGCACUAGCAGCAUCAAUGGCACCAGUAGUACUAGCAGCACCAGCGCCAGCAAGGGCAGUGUGGCCCGAAAGAGGACAGCAUCAACCGCGGCUGCAGAACAAGAAGGAGCUCCAAGGCGCAAGCGUGCAGCCAAUGCGGCAUCAGGGCAGGAAUCGGCAACUAGCCAGGCCCCAGGAAGUGCCUAAACCCCAUCUCAACCAUAUAUGUGUUCGCAAGCACAUUUAAAAAUGAUCGUUGGUGCGUUUUUAAUGCUCCAACG